UGUUCUUUUACAGCUCAUUUUAUUGUCCAAGAAUUUACGAAAGUGGACAGGAAGUUCUUGCAUUUCCGUAUAUUUACAGUUAACAAAAAUUUGUGAACAGCACAUAGAAAAGAGUAAGUAAAAAAUGAGCGACCAGCAGUUAAACAGCCUUAUUAAGUGGCUGCAUACUUUUGAGCUCCGAGCUCCUCAUUCCUCGGCUGAAGACAUAAGCAACGGAGUCGCCUUAGCCGAGGCACUCUCUCAAAUAGCUCCGGAAUGGUUUCAUCCUGCUUGGAAUGCUAAGAUCAAGUCCGACGUGGGCUCCAACUGGAGACUCAAAGUUAGUAAUCUUAAAAAGAUCGUCGAAGCCGUGACCGAGUACUACGUGGAGUGUCUGAAUCAGCAGUUGGCUGGAUAUGUGAAGCCUGAUGCACAGAAGAUCGGGGAGCACUGCGAUAGUCACGAAUUAAAGAGGCUUUUGCAACUUGUUUUGGGUUGUGCUGUCAACUGUAACGAAAAACAGUAUUAUAUUACUCGCAUCAUGGGUUUGGAGGAAGCUGUGCAACAGGUUAUCAUGCAAAGUAUCCAAGAGUUAGAAAACAGCGUACAUGCGCCUAGACUGAGUUUAGGAGCAAGUUUGAAUUUUGAGUCGUUUGACGUGGCAGAUGGAAAUCAGCAAAGAUUACUGACGGAGCUUCAGGCAGCCAUCGAUGCCAGAGACCAAAUGGCUCAGAGAUGUCACGAACUUGAUCAACAGCUUUGUCUCAUAAUGGAGGAAAAAAAAACCCUUCAAGUUGAAAAUAAGAAGCUUGAGGGUAGGCUAGACGAGUUUGAGAGUCCAGAGGAUAUUGGUGCUCCUACCAGCCUCAAGUACUCUGGACUUAGAAAGCAAGUUGAAGCAAUGAAGGAUGAAAUGUUUAAACUUGAAACAUCGCGUGACGAUUAUAGAUUAAAAGUAGAAUUACUAGAAAAAGAAAUAUCGGAACUACAAAUGAAACAGAUGGACUUGCAAAAAGCAGCGGAUGCAGCAAACCAUUUAAAAGACGAAGUGGAUGCCUUACGCGAAACCGCUGACAAGGUUGCAAAGUACGAGCUGACAAUAGAAUCGUAUAAAAAGAAAAUGGAAGACUUCAGUGACCUUAGGCGUCAAUUAAAAAUCCUCGAGGACAAAAAUACUGAACUACUUCAGCAUAAGAUUGAUUACGAAGAGGAAGUCAAACGCGCUAAUUUACUGAAAAACCACUUUGAACUCUGUAAAAAGCAACUUGCGGAGGUACAUCACAAACUCGACGAGCAGACCAAUAAAUCUGAAAAACUUGAGUUUGACGCUAAAAAGUUGGAGGCGCAGUUGGGUGCAGUCAUACGAGAGAGAGAUCGUUUGAUCAUUGAACGCGACACGCUCAAAGAAACGAACGAGGAACUCAAGUGUACCCAGCUAAACGUUGUUGAAAACGUGACGAAUUUGAGUACAGACGAAGCGGUGAUCAAUACAGAGAUCAUUCCUCCAGCUAUCAAAGAGAAACUCAUAUUCCUACAACACGAGAACAAGAUGCUCAAGCUAAAUCAGCAGAAGGAAAGCGAAGACAAAUUGCCCUUGAAGGCUUUGCUGGAAGAGUCAGAAGAGAAGUUGGCGUAUCUGAAGAGACAGAACAGCAGAGAUUCGAGGAUACUGGAGUUGGAAAAUAAGCUGGAAGAGCUGCAGGGAAGCCAAUCUGCUGAUUCAAAGAGCGAGCAGCAGAAACUUUCACAACUGGAAGACGAGUUGCGUCGUGUACAACUCGAAUGCGAGCGUCUGAGCAUAACGAGCGAAGAACGCGAGAGCAGUUUGCAACUUCAGAAACAAAAAGUUAUCAAUCUCCAAGAGAGCCUUUCCCGAAAAGAGUGCGAGCUCGCGGCUCUCGAGGAACGCUACAAAAAGUACGUCGAGAAGGCCAAGAGCGUCAUUCGGAUUCUAGAUCCCAAGCAGCAACACCAACAACAGCAGCUACAGGGUAGUAGUGCCCAGUCACCUUCUGAGCUAGCAAUGCCUGGACGAUCGCAAUUAGAUAAAUUACGAAAAAGCUCAUCGGAUGAUAUGGAACGUUCAAACAAGGAGCAGAAGCUCAUUCACGAGAUGGAGGAGAAACUCAUGAUCUCCGCUUUUUAUCAUUAUGGAUUAACCAGGCAUCGCGAAGCUGUUGAUCAGAGAUUAGCGGCAUUGAGUUCUGGACAGGGACAGUCAUUUCUAGCGAGACAGAGACAACCCACGCCUAGGAAACUGUACACGGGCUACAACUCCAAGUGAUACGAGUCGGAGAAACGAUUGUUGGACGACGGUUGUGACUCCGACGGCGAAGUCGGUGUGUCAAGAUGAUCGUCAAAAUUACUCGAAAAAGGUUUGUUUUUUAUUCUAAGAAGAUGACCGAAAGUUGCAAUCUCACCAUGGAUGAAUGCAAAGCAAUAAUUGUUCUUGCUCACCUGCAUUUUUUUUACCGAUUUUUAUGAGCUACUCUUCAUUUGAAAGAAUUUAGAGUUGUAGAUGGUAAAAACACAUGAUUUAUGUAACUUUUCUAAAAGUUUUAUGUUCGAUUAGGUUUGUAUAAGCCUACUAUUUUAUUAAGAUGACUGUUAACACAUGGAUUAACUGAAUACCUUUUAUCUUCAACAACUACAUGAUUGAAAUACAUUACUAUGACGAUUGAACUUACAAAAAAAGUCGGAGAUACUUUGAAUAUGAUGUUUCGACAAAAGAAAUAACAGUAAGAUCUAAUAUAAUACAUUGCUGAAAUACACACAAUUCAGAGAAAAAAGUGCAGUAAACAGACAAUAGACGUUAAUUCAAGUGAAAGUGCCUAUAACAUCCAAUCAUAUACAAAUAAAUCCAUGGCCAGUUGUAAAAUUUAAGCUUCUAAUUUGAUAAUCUUGGUCAU